AUGGCGAACCAACCAGUUAUUGUUAUUGCGGGACUUGCUUGCGAAACAUCUGGGUUCUCUCCAGCUCGGACUCUCGCACCAGCAUUUCAUCCUCGUCGUGAUACCGAGAUAAUUGAGAAAUAUCCCUUCAUUCAACUCGGAACGCCCCUUGGAGACGCAGCCGAAUGGCGGGGUGCACUCAUCGGCCACGCCCUCCCUGGAGGAAUUGUUGCCAGGACUGCAUUUGAAGAGCUUGUGGAAGACAUCUUAUUUCGGCUGAUGGAUAUAUGCAAAUCAACCACAGUUCAUGGUCUGUGGUUUGACAUUCAUGGAGCGAUGUGUGUCGAGGAUUUAGAUGACGCUGAAGCUGAACUUCUUCGUCGAAUUAGGUGUGUUAUCGGUUCUCACGUCAUCGUAUCAGCUUCGAUGGACCUUCAUGGCAAUGUUUCACAAGAACUGGCUCACCAAAUAGACCUCAUCACAUGUUAUCGGAUGGCUCCACAUGAAGAUGCAAUGGACACAAAAGAACGCGCAUGUCGAAACCUUGUCAAUUUAUUGGCGGGAGGAUCAUCUCCAGCUCGGCCAUUGAAAGCCUGGGUUCCAAUCCCAAUCUUGCUCCCGGGAGAGCAGACUUCGACACGGCUUCAGCCCGCAAAAGGACUGUAUGCGCUUGUGCCUGAAGUCGAGUCAAUUGCGGGGGUCUUGGAUGCUGCUAUCUGGGUGGGUUAUGCCUGGGCGGACGAGCCGCGCAAUCAUGCGGUUGUGAUGGUCACGGGAUGGGAAGCCGAUGUCGUGACUGCAGGUGCCCGAAAGCUCGCAACUCACUUCUGGGACUCUCGCGAAGACUUUCACUUUGUCGCUCCGACCGGAUCCCUUACAGAAUGUAUUGAUACUGCUCUGCAAUCCACGUCUCGGCCGUUUUUCAUUUCAGACUCGGGUGACAACCCAACGGCCGGGGGUGCUGGCGAUGUGACAUGGAGUCUUUCAAAAGUGCUGUCUCGGCCAGAGUUCCAGCACGACUCUGGCCCUCGAGUCAUUUAUGCCAGUAUCCCAGGUCCCGAGGCAGUUGAAUCGAUUGUUCGGGCAGGAGUAGGUGCCACAGUGACAGUUACUGCUGGCGCACAGGUUGACGACACCCACGAGGGACCGGUCACCAUGACAGGACGGAUUCAUGCAAUCAAGAAAGGAGACCGAAAUGCCGUUACUGAAACUGUCGUUCAGGUCGGAAGCGUAUCUGUUAUUUUGACCGAACUACGCAAGCCCUACCAUCUCGAGAAAGAUUUCACCGAACUCAACCUUGAACCUCGGUCUGCAGACAUCGUGAUUGUCAAGAUCGGAUACUUGGAGCCGGAGCUAUUCAACAUGGCAGCUGACUGGAUGUUGGCUCUGACACCUGGGGGGGUUGAUCAGGAUCUUCCUCGCCUUGGACACCAACGCAUCCACCGCCCUAUGUGGCCUUUUGACAGGACAUUUUCUGAAGCACCAGAUCUCACUCCUCGGUUUAUUCCGCCUUCUAACGAGCCAUUUACCACACACUCAGUUUAG